UAUAUAAUACCAUCGUCUCUGCUUGACCCUAGUGACUCAUUUGUGUUCAUUGGAAGACAAAAAUAUUCUCGUGUACGAAAUUGUGGUUCAACUAAAAAAACUUGGUCUUUUCUUUUUUUUUGCAGACAAAAUUUAAUUGUAAAACUAAGCAUAAACAAAUCAUUAUCCGGUUAAUUUAGCUAGCUCUAAACCAGAAAACAGGGUAGAAGCGACCCAAGCACUAGGUUUUUUCUGAUUAGCGUGUAACAUAUAACUGAUGUGCUAUUGUUGUCAACAUUGACCUUAUCUCUUAUCAUUGCUGUUUGGGAUCAUCAACAUAUCAUAUGGCUGAAUCUAAUCCCUUUCUUCGUAAUGAUAAGUUAUCAGAUAUAACUUGGGCGCAUGCUGUUAAUAGUCAAGAACAUCUGCACGAUGUUCUUAAUAGUGACAUACAUUUCAUAGAAGCUGAUAUUGUACUCGGACAAGUUGAUGGAAAUGCGGACAAUCAAAACAAAAUACCUAUUAUGGCGCAUCCUCCGGCAACGACCUCUGACAUCUCGUUGGAAUCCUUCUUGACACAAAUACAGGUUUACAAUAAUGCUGCUGAAAACCAAAAAGUAAAAGGCUUGAAGCUAGACUUUAAAUCAAUAAGUGCAUUAGAGACAUCAAUUAGUAUAAUUAAUGAUGUAUACGAUAUGAAAACAUUUUCAACAUGGAUCAAUGCUGAUAUUUUACCAGGACCUGUAAAUAAUACAGAAACAAUUCCGGUGGAUCCUGAACGUUUUUUUGAAGCAAUAAGUCAAAUUGGUCCUGCAGUUUUGUCUAUAGGAUGGACAACGAAAUGGGGUGAAUCAUCUACGGAUGGAUGUUAUACUGAACAACAAGUAAACCAAAUGAUAAGAGUAAUCAAGGAAAAUGGUAUUGAUCAAAAUGGAAACUCCAUUACUUUCCCAGUUCGAGCAGGCAUUGCAGCAAAUAGUUUAAAACAAUUGAUGUAUUUGUACAGUUCGUUGAAAGAUUCUAACAAUGUUACAUUCACUAUUUGGUCUAGCAUAAAUGAUGCGGUUAACGUUAUCAACCUUAGAAAAUUUAUUUUUGCUGUUGGUCUAGAUAAGGUGUAUAUUGACGUUCCUGAAGAUUUGAAAAAUCAGCUAAACAUAAACGGUAUUUCUCUUCCCUGAAUUUGGAAUUUAUUCCAUUGACGAUGAAAAUAUGUAACGUCCUAGGAAAAUCAAAACCGAUAGUAUUUUAAUUGAAAAUAUACGUGAGAAAAUAUUUAUA